AUGCUUGUGAAGAAGCUCGUGCUUCUAGAGACCCUGCAGCUGUCCUCCGUCUUCAGCGUCAGAACACUAAAAGUCAAAGAGCAGCCUGCUAACACCAUGAGGAUUCCUGUUUCAUUGGAACACAAAAUCACAACCUUUGUUAAUUCGGCCAUCCUGUCACAACCCUGUCAGGAUAACGAGUCCUUUUUAGGAUUCCCUCAGGACUCAAGUGCAUCAGUAAAGGAAAACUGGGAUGGGCAGCCUGAAGGUUUUUCUCAGAUUGGUUUGACAUCUCAACAUGUUUUACUUGGUUUUCUGUGCAGUUUUGACUCUCCGCUUGUUCUUUGGUUACCUGUGAAAGAUGUUGUGUCUGCUUUUCCAAACCUUUCCCAAGCAUUUCCAAAUGCAUCCAUCCCACCUAGGGAGCUCCAGGAAUUCCUCAACACACAUGAGAAAACAGGGACAGAGUUGGAGUCCUGGACGCCCGAGGACUGGCACGACAAGCCCAAGUUCCUGAAGGGAAUAGCAGAUGAUAAGCUGCAAAAAUGGGGGGAGGAGAUCCACAACCUGUGGAAGUCUCUCGGCAGGAAGAUUCGCAGCGACUUCAAAGAUCACCCAGAGUUCUACUCUCAGAUUUACACCCCGCAUCCCAUGGUGGUGCCACGAGGCCACUUCAGGGGAACCCGGGACUCUUACUGGGUCAUCAAUGGCCUCCUGCUGUCUGAGAUGACAAACACGGCCCACGGGAUGAUCCAGAACUUCCUCUACCUCGUCAACAGAUAUGGCUUCGUUCCAAACGGUGGGCGGAUUUACUAUGAAAGGCGCAGCCAGUCUCCGUUCUUCACGCUGAUGGUGCAGAGCUUCUAUGAAGCAACCGAGGAUAAAGAGUUCCUCAGAGAGGCUUUGCCCUUUCUCGAGAAGGAAUACCAAUUCUGGAUGCAGACUCGCUCCGUGGCGCUGAAAGUAAACGGAUCGGAACACGUCCUGAACCAGUAUUCCGUGCAGGUGGGCUUCCCCAGGCCUGAAUCAUAUUCAGAUGACGUGGAAUUAGCUGAAGGACUCUCUGAUGAGCACAAAGCGCAGCUGUGGAUGGAUAUGACAGCAGGUGCAGAGUCUGGUUGGGACUUUAUUUCCCGCUGGUACAUAGACGCUGAUGGCCACAACAACAGCACUCUCAGGGAGACUCAAACCAGCCAGAUCCUGCCCUCUGACCUCAAUGCUCUGCUGUGCCGCUGCGAGAAAACGCUGGCGUCGUUCCAUCGGCUGCUGGGUGGUGGUGACUCAGCUGCUCGGUACCAGCAGAUCGCGGCCCGAAGGAUUAAGGCGAUGGAGGAUUUGUUGUGGGAUGCUGAAAAGGGGGCGUGGUUUGACUACAGCCUGGUAACACACUCCAAGCACUUUGAGUUCUACCCGUCCAACCUGGCACCAGUUUGGGCUCAGUGCUAUUCUCACCCUGAGAUGGCUGAGAAGGCGGUUCGUUACCUGGAGGGCAGCGGUACUCUCGAGUUCCCCAACGGAGUCCCGCCGUCUCUGAGGGAGUCCGGGCAGCAGUGGGACUAUCCCAACGCGUGGCCUCCUCUGCACCACAUGCUGAUAGAAGGUUUAUCCAAACUUCCUUCAGACGAUGCCAAGCAGCUAGCUUUUGAUUUGGCCCAGCGUUGGAUCAGGACGAACUGGCUGGCCUACAUAAAGUAUGAAGCCAUGUUUGAAAAGGUGACUCUUUCAAAGCUUCCGAAGCUUCGUGUCGCUCCGAGACUCCAAAUCUUUAAUCUCCAGCGUCCACCCCUGACAGUACGACAUGAACGGAGAUGGAAAACCCGGCGGUGGAGGAGAAUACGAAGUUCAGGUGUGAACUUUUUAUCUGUUAAAGCUUUUAAAACCAACGUGAUUUCAUGGAUGUUUCAAUGUUCUUUUCACAAAAGUAGAAGCAACUCUUUCUGUUUCUCCUCGCUGCAACUGGGUUUCGGUUGGGCCAACGGCGUGGCCCUGCAGCUCCUGGAUCAGUACGGGGCGACUCUCUCCUCAGGAGGCAGACGUGUCUGCUCUGACCUCAGGCUGCCUCUGGCCGUCUCAGUCGCUCUCAUGCUCCGAUGAAUCCGAGGUGUCAAAAGGGCUGAGCUUUAUUUUUCCUGCGUUCUCUCCACUUCUCCCGCCUCUUCUGCUGCUACAGAGAAAAUCAAACCCAUGAAACUCAAAGGAAAAUGUUCAGUUGCGAUGAGAAAUGUGAAUUUUUCGGUAUUUUUGCACUGAGGUAAAUGAUGGAGGAUCAUUUAGGGGCUUUUCUGCAGCUGAAAUCGCAUUAAAUUGCUCUUGAAGUUGAUCUAAGAUUAUUCGAUUAUUUUAAUCCUAAGGGUUAAUUUUACAUUCUUAGUACAAACUAAACUGAAGUAUUCCAACCAGGAAAUGUUAGAUCACAGAGAGAAUUUUAUAUCAAAGUGAUAAAACACAUAAAAACUGUGUUGACAGAAGGUCGAGAACGGAAACCUUUUCACUCUCAUUAAAUGCGGAGCUAAAAGUGAGUGGGAAUUAAUUUCCCUUAAACAUCGGAAUGACCUUUGGACCGCUUUCAGAACACACGUCACAAGAGUGGAAGCUGGACUGAAAAUAACAUAAAAUGCAGAAAUAACACGUCCGCUCGGUGUUAAGUGGACUCCUACGAUGGAAAAGGGUUUUCAGAAUAAAAUAAUGAUCGUUCAUCCCGAAGAGCUGUUUGCUUUUGGGAAACGCUGUUCUGAGGAAAUAUGCAAGAAAAAAAAUCAGAAUAUGACCAAUUUAGGUGGUUUUUUUUUUUUUUUUUUUUUGGUUUAUGAACUAAUAAGAUGGAAAGACUCAUUUGUCCCUGCAGUUGUUUCUAUCACUGUGCCAUUGAGAGCAUCCUCACUGGAUGCAUCACCACCUGGUAUGGCAAGAGCACCGCUUACAACCGCAAAGCUCUCCAGAGAGUAGUGCGGUGUGCUGAAAGGAUAAUUGGAGGUGAGCUUCCCUCCCUCCAGGACAUCUACAGGAAGCGGUGCCUGAGGAAAGCGGAGAGGAUCAUCAAGGACUCAAGUCACCCCAGCCAUAAACUGUUCAGACUACUUCCAUCAGGAAGGAGGUUCUGCAGCAUCCGGUCCAGAACCAGCAGACUGAGAGACAGCUUUUUCCAUCAGGCCAUCAGACUGCUGAACACGGCGCAGACACCUCACCCUCACUACUGAAACUCCAACAUUACACACUCCAUACUGUACAUGAAUGCCACUGUUUUACACAUACCAACCACUGUAUAUUUUAUACUGUAAAUCCUCUAAUACAGGCCCGGGCCUGUAUUUGACUCAUGCUCAUCAAGCUCCAGGCCUUUAUUGGAAGGAGGGCCAGUAUUAGAGGCAGGCCUCUAUUUCUAUUUGAGCAAAAUGAACUAAUGGUUCACUGGAGUUUUUGACAAUUAAAAUUGCGCCCACAUUUUCAAAGUUAAACACAUUUCUUUUAACAACGGUAGUUUCUGCUUCAGCCCUCUUCCCCCUCCCCCUGCGCAGCGGCUGCAAACUCACUGAUGCGCCUGCAGCCUCUCGGAGUUCCUGCUGCUCUAAACAUUAAAAUAAUUAUUUCAUUUUCUGUUCCUCACUUCUGAUUACCUCAAUGGUGUUUGUUUGUUGCAACAGCAGGUACAAAAACUAACUUGUUUUUAUUUGACUAUUUUUCUGUCCUGUCUGUUUAUUAUCAUCCUGCAUCUCCUCUCAAUCCUAAAGAAAAACUGCUACCUGGGUUCAUAUAUAUAUUCACCUUAUGAGUUACCUUUGAACUGCAGUUCUAAAAGAGCUACCGACCGCAAAAACAGUGGAGCGCUCCCUGCUUGGCGGCCGUAUCAUACAGUCCGAGCAAUAAACGCGGAAGUUAGAUCCAAACACCCGUUGUGUGGGAGAAGCAUCGAAAUGAACUGUUUAAUCUGCCCAUCAUUUGUGUUGAGAGAUCAGCAGUGUUUGGAUCAACAAAGGGCGACUACUUUGACAGUAGAAACUGUAUUUAUGGCUUAUUUUUGUGCAUUUAAAGUUCAGCCGCCAUUGAUAGUUGUUAAAAGUUGUUAAACCUGUGCAUAUGAAACAAAAAACGCCUUUUGUUUAUCGAUUUAUUGUGAAAAAAAGGAAGUUGUGCUUGCUCCUUUUCCUGUUGGGCGGUUGUGAUUUCUGUCCAUUGACUGCGGAGGUGCUCCGGCGAAAAUAGGAUCGAUUCUAUUUUUGCCGGACGCCGGAACAGAGGGCGGCGCACGGCGCCGCACUGCCGGAGCACGGCCGCAGUAGUAGAAUUGCUCUGAUUGACUACAACGGGACCGAUUUUGCUCCGGCGUUUGUGUCGGAGCGGAGCGGAGGUAGUGGAAUUUGCAUCGGAGGACAAGGUGAUGCGCGCAGCGCCCCGCUCCACAGCAUGCAGCAAAACGCAUCAGGCGCAAAUAAAAGACAGAAAACAUUAAAGGAAAUGAACUGACAUGAACGAUCGUGUGUUAAAUUAGUUUUUGAGGUGGCGACACCUGAUUGUGGCUGUGCUCAGGAGGCAGAUCUACCGACCGCGAAAACAGCGGAGCUCUCCCUGCUUGGCGGCCGCAUCAGUGAUCUGUGAGUCGGAGGACAAGGUGAUGUGCCCCGCUCCACAGCAGCGAAACACAUCAGGCGCAAAUAAAAGACAGAAAACAUUAAAGGAAAUGAACCGACAUGAACGAUCGCGUGUCGGUACCUAUGCUCUGACACAGCGCGUUGCCCCCCUGAGCGCAGGAGCUUGUCACCUGCUGACAGCAGGCUGCUGUCUUUUCCGAGGGCUGCAUCUUGCCGGUCAUUAUCACGUGACAGCGACUAGUCGACGACAGGCAUAAAAAGUCACUAUAGUGAAGUCGACUAGUUCAUACAACCCCUGCUACUGCUCCCCAGAGUGUUCUGCAGCAUAAUCAGCAUGUUCUCUUUGAACUUGAUAGUGUAAUGACCUGGCUGGGGUUGUAAGCCAGGUGCAUUCUGGGUAUUGUGUUAUAUGUGUUUCCUAUCGUUCUGCUAGUUCCUAUGUGCUGAUUUGCGUGUUGUGUGAGUGUUAUGUAAGCCACAGGGAAGGUGAUGUGUGUUCUGUGGAGUGGGUUGAAUUAGCAUGGUUAACUGACACCGUGACUCUGUGUGGUAGGAGCAUGAUAGAGGAUCGUGUCUGUAGCUUUACAAAGCGUUGUAAAAAAAACCUAGUAAAGGUCUGUGUGAACCUCUACUGUCUCCUGCUGGUUCAUUUGGGGACUAUAACCCUGCCGCUGAGAAGCUCGUGUUUACCUGUUACUGCAUUCCACCCGGCCACAAUAAGAGACCGGCCAUUAUUUACCUAUGCUGACUCCGCUCCGGCCAAAAAUUGGAGACCCGGCCUUUAAUUGAAUACCGGCCUGUAUUAGAGGAUUUACGGUAUCUUAUUUUAUUGUUUACUUUAUUCAUUUGUAAAACAUGUAUGUACGCACUAUACACACACUCACACGCACACACGUAGAAAAAAAAUUAGCACACACAUUUAGUUAUGUAUAUACCUUACAUACUAUACAUAUUACUUAGAUUAGCCAUUUUUUUUAUUUUGCUUGUUUUUACGUUUUUGUAUUUUUGCACAACUCUGUUGCUGUGAAGCUCGCACACAAGAAUUUCACUCGCAUGUACUGUAUCAGUGUACCUGCACAUGUGACGUGACAAUAAAAGUGAUUUCAUUUGGUUUGAUUUGUUUUCCUUUUGGAUCACCUGCUGGGAUUUCAUGUAUUGUUUUUUCCUACCAGCUGUGAAACUAAUUUCCCAGAGGGAAUAACUUGAAUUUGAACUCAUCACGACCAACGGAGACCCGAUGAAGUGCUGAUAUGUUGAAACAUCUGAAUCACAGGUUUUAGAGCAGCAUCUUCGGAGGUGAGAUAAGGGAAGGUGCUGCACAAUGGCAUUUGUUGCACUGUUCCCUUGCAGCAAGAAGGUUGCAGGUUUGAAUCCCUGCCUUUAAUCCUCCUACCUUCCUCCCACAGAUCAAAACCAAGCUAAUCACUUUGUGGAGAAGCAUAUGCAAGAUGAAUAAACAUAAAAGGAAUAUAGCAAAGUUUAAGUGAUGUUUAUUACAAGCUAGAAAGAAUACGAUCUUAUGAAGCGCCUCACAAGAUAAAAAUGACAAGGCGCUUCACAAAACCAAAAACCAAACAAACAUUAUGGUAUAAAAAGAUUUAAAAAUGAUAAAAAAUAUGUUUAAAAGAAGAGAAAAUAAAUGUAAGGAAGGGAAGAGAGAAAAUUAAUAGGAAAAUCAAUGGAUCCCGGGAAAGGCGGAAUAAGAAGGAGAGGGUGGUGAUCUCCCACUGGUCUCAGGCUCAGAGGGGUAGAGGUCCAGAGGCUGGGGGCCACAGCAGCAAAUGAUCUGUCAUCUUUGGUCUUUAGCCUGGUGCUGCACAACAAGUAGGCUUUGGUCACUGGACCUCAGAGACCUGCUGGGGGUGCAGGGACUGAGAAGAUCACCAAUGUAUGAUAGGGCUUUUCCAUGUAAGGCCCUAAAAACCAGAACCAGGAUUGACUGGCAGCCAAUGAAGCUGGAGGAGAAGUGGGGUGAUGUCUUCUAGCCAAGACAUUCUCUGCUGUUUCCUGGACACUUGACCAACAACAGCCUUCCCCGUCACGAGUCAAGUUGGGUGAGUCCAUGAAAGUGAUGUGUGACGUAGAUCUGUCCGGCUUUUCAAAUCCUAGAGUUUCCUCAUCUAUUUCCUAUCAGAAGCUAAUGCAGGAGAUAGGUGUAGAAGACUGUUUCAUGUUCUCCUGGCCUCUACAGCGAAACAAAUAAUUUACGUGAGCGUUGACCAAUAGAUUUGCAUAUCUACAAGAGGGAGCUCUCAAUGAAUCAAAGGAUCCAGCACGCUCUACGAGGUGAUGCCAGAAGACGCUGGAGGUUUCUUUAAAGGAAAAACCAUACAUUCAUUCUGCACACCUCUAAACUCCUUGUGGAUGUGUUAUUGUUCAAAAAUAUUGCUUUUUUAUUUAAAAUGUUCCACAUUCCACCUUUAAUAGAAAACGUUAGGAAGCCAGGACAACGUGAGAUCCGUCUUAACUAAAAUUAUCACAUCAAAAUAUGAAAAUAGUUUAAAUUGCUGCCAUAGGAGUUCUAGAGUUAAGGCCAUACUCUGUAAAUUCUUCAUAUUUUAAAUAGUUUUCAUGAGCCGACAUGCACUAAAACUAUCCUUUACAGGGUUGAUAAGUCACUCAGACCCCCAACGCCCUCUGUAGACAGAAUACCGUACUUACAACUUUAGAGUGGUGGGCCGCCUCCUGUUGGACUGCAGCACCUGACAUAUCUGGUGCUGCAGUCUGUUUCCGGCACGUUUCCUGCUUUAAGACGAUGAACCACUUCUGUAGAAACAAAUGAAGGCUGAGGAGACAUUUCAGCAUUUAGAUCAAGGCGUUUUAAAGACAAACGCACAGCGAGGAGAUAAGUUCCACUUUUGGUUUUACUAACUGGACUCUAGAGGGUGCUCAAAGCAAGCCAAUUAUGCAAAUAUAAGUCAGAAAUACUAGUUCAAUGAGCAAAUUUCUUAGUACUUUGUACUGAUUUGGCUUAGUAAUAGUAACUUGUAUUAAAGUGCAUUUCAAUUUGUAUAUCUUAGUGGCUCCAACACAUUUGUACCCACACCUGUGUGCUUAUUAAUUUAAUUGCAAUUGGUUUGCAUGCAUUUUUCAAGAAGGGGUAACUAAUCAUGGUAAAUGGCUUGUAUUUAUACAGCCUCUCCCCAAGGCGCUUUACAACACACCAGUCAACAACACAUUCACACACACAUUUACACUCUAGUGGUGAUGAGCUACUGUAGCCACAGCUGCCCUAUCCAUCAGUUCCUCCAACAACAAGUGUCUUGCAUAAAGACGACAGUUAAACGGUGAGCACUUAUCUCCUCAGCAGGUGGAGAGAUUUUAACCUUCAAAAAAAGGUUAAAACAAAUUUUAAGGUCCAACUGAGUCUUGUCAAGAUGGAAAAAUCCAACAAAAACAAGUCGACACCUUUUAGACUCUCUUUUUGUCAUUUCCACUGACGUCUGUGUUGACAUGCUGGUCAAGCAUGAAAUUAAGUCCAUAUGGGUAUGCAGUUGUUUGCCAAAAAUAUAUAUGAAAAAAAAAAGGGUGAGGACUUGGGUUUUUGAGUGCAGUGGAAACAAAUGAUCGACUGUUCAAUUUAAAAAGCCAACAGGUGCAGUGGUCUGUGUAACCCCAAAAAUCACACUCUGGUCUCCAUCGACAACUCAAAUCCUUCCUUUUUAACCUUUUUUAUGAGGAAGUGACACUCAUUUGGCUGCAAUAUUCUGUUUAGUAGAGCUCAUGUUUUCAGGCCAACCUGCUUACAUGUUUGAAUGCGUUUUAAAGUCUGAGUUAAGUAGAUCAAGCUGUAAAAUGCUCACCUGCACAUGUAUUCAUAUUCUAAUAAAUAAAUAAUAAUAAUAAAUUACAGAGUCAAACAGCAAAACAGACUCAAUCAGAGGUUGCAGAAAACAAUUUACAACUUACUUAAACUGGAAAUAACUAUUGACCAAUGUUUUGACUUAUGGGUUUUAUCAGAAGUGU